GCCCCCGAGGGGCGCUCCGCCCCUUCUCUCCCUCCUCCCCUCGCCGGCGCGCGGAGACUGCAGGCUCCGGCGCAAAAUCCUGCGGGAGAGGGGGUGGGGCGAUAGCUCUGGAGGCAGCGCUGCCGCCGGCAGCCUCGUUUUGACUCCUCCGGCUCCCGCAGCGGCGGCGACGCUCGCCUUGGAGUCUCCCGCGCGCACCCCAGCCGCCUCCUAGCGGCGCGGCGCCCGCUCCUACGCCUAAAAUGACGAAUGUGUGAUUUCAGUGGAAUAAAUGGCGUCCAAAGUCACAGAUGCUAUAGUCUGGUAUCAAAAGAAGAUUGGAGCAUAUGAUCAACAAAUAUGGGAAAAAUCUGUUGAGCAAAGAGAAAUCAAGGGUUUAAGGAAUAAACCAAAGAAAACAGCGCAUGUGAAACCAGACCUCAUAGAUGUUGAUCUUGUAAGAGGGUCUGCAUUUGCUAAGGCAAAACCUGAAAGUCCUUGGACUUCUCUGACUAGAAAAGGAAUUGUUCGAGUUGUCUUUUUUCCCUUUUUUUUCCGGUGGUGGUUACAAGUAACAUCAAAAGUCAUCUUUUUCUGGCUUCUUGUCCUUUAUCUUCUACAAGUUGCUGCAAUAGUGUUAUUCUGUUCCGCUUCUAGCCCACAUAGCAUACCUCUGACGGAAGUGAUUGGGCCGGUAUGGCUGAUGCUGCUCCUGGGAACUGUGCACUGCCAGAUUGUGUCAACACGAACACCGAAACCGCCUCUCAGCACAGGGGGUAAAAGAAGAAGGAAAUUGAGAAAAGCAGCCCAUUUGGAAGUACAUAGGGAAGGAGAUGGUUCCAGUACGACAGACAACACUCAGGAGGGAGCACUUCAGAGCCACGGAGCCAGCACCUCUUACGGUGUUGGUGCUGUCUUCAGAGACCUCUGGCACGCAGCUUUCUUUUUAUCAGGAUCAAAGAAACCUAAAAAUUCAAUUGAUAAAUCAACUGAGACUGACAAUGGCUAUGUAUCCCUUGAAGGGAAAAAGACUGUUAAAAGCAGUGAAGAGGGAGUCCAAAGCCAUGAACCUCAGUGUGAAACUGUUGGACCAGAAGAUGCAGCGUGGCACACAGGAACACUGGGGAACAUUUCCAGCAAAGAUGCUCAAAGGACAGUAACAAAUGUUUCUGAUGACGUCUCCAGUGAGGAAGGUCCUGAAACAGGAUACCCGUUACGCCGGCACGUGGGCAGGACUUCUGAGAGCCUUCUUCGGAACAGAAAAUCACACCAUUAUAAGAAACAUUACCCUAAUGAGGAUGCCCCUAAGUCGGGUACUAGUUGCAGCUCUCGCUGUUCAAGUUCCAGACAGGAUUCUGAGAGUACAAGGCCAGAGUCGGAAACAGAAGAUGUGUUGUGGGAAGACUUGUUACACUGUGCAGAGUGCCGCUCAUCCUGUACCAGUGAGACGGAUAUGGAAAACCCUCAAACUAACCCAGGUGUGAGAAAAGAAUAUAGAGACGACCCUUUCCAUCAGAGUCAUUUACCCUGGCUCCAUAAUUCCCACCCGGGAUUAGAAAAAAUAAGUGCUAUAGUAUGGGAAGGCAAUGACUGCAAGAAAGCAGACAUGUCUGUGCUUGAAAUCAGUGGAAUGAUAAUGAACAGAGUGAACAGCCAUAUACCAGGAAUAGGAUACCAGAUUUUUGGAAAUGCAAUCUCUCUAAUCCUGGGUUUAACUCCAUUUGUUUUCCGACUCUCCCAAGCUACAGACUUAGAACAACUCACCGCACACUCUGCUUCAGAACUUUAUGUGAUUGCAUUUGGUUCUAAUGAAGAUGUCAUAGUCCUUUCUAUGGUUAUAAUAAGUUUUGUGGUUCGUGUGUCUCUUGUGUGGAUUUUCUUUUUUUUGCUCUGUGUAGCAGAAAGAACUUACAAACAGCGAUUACUUUUUGCAAAACUGUUUGGACAUUUAACAUCAGCAAGGAGGGCUCGAAAAUCUGAGGUUCCUCAUUUCCGGUUGAAGAAAGUACAGAAUAUAAAAAUGUGGCUAUCUCUCCGGUCAUAUCUUAAGCGUCGAGGUCCUCAGCGAUCAGUCGAUGUAAUAGUUUCAUCUGCUUUCUUGUUGACUAUAUCAGUUGUAUUUAUCUGUUGUGCCCAGUUGCUUCAUGUGCAUGAGAUCUUCCUUGAUUGUCACUACAAUUGGGAACUAGUAAUCUGGUGCAUCUCGUUAACACUUUUUCUCCUAAGAUUUGUUACACUUGGAUCAGAGACAAGUAAAAAAUAUAGCAAUACCUCAAUAUUACUUACUGAACAGAUAAACCUCUACUUGAAAAUGGAGAAGAAACCUAACAAAAAAGAGGAACUGACGCUAGUGAAUAAUGUUUUAAAGCUGGCUACUAAACUGCUGAAGGAACUGGACAGCCCCUUUAGAUUGUAUGGGCUCACCAUGAACCCACUGCUUUACAACAUCACCCAGGUUGUCAUCCUUUCCGCUGUUUCUGGCGUCAUCAGUGACUUGCUUGGAUUUAAUUUAAAGCUGUGGAAGAUUAAAUCAUGACAAUUCAGAGAAAAGAAGAUGUAGCCUCUUUUCCAGAAUAAGAGUACCAACUAAGCUGCCUGAAAGCAGUCACUGACUCUUUGCUUCAGGAGUCUCAGCUGGGAAAUCGAAGUGUUUACAUCAGACUGUCUUGUGCAAUUCUUAUAUUUAUUUUACUUGUUCACUGUUUUUUACAUCUAUUUUAGUCUUUAUAUUUUAUUUUUAGCAUUGAUGUACUUAGGUGUCGAAAGGGUGAUAAAACUGAUAUCCAGAUACUUGAGAUCCUGGUAAUUGUUCACAAAUAAUUGACAGAAUAACAGAUCGGGAGAAUAGAAGCCAUUGCUAAGCACCGUUUCUCCAUCAAUGCCAGGAACUUGCCUUACUUGAGGAAAACUUCUUUAACUUUGGAAUAUUGCAUUGGACACUCAGCUAAACACAUAAAGUGUGUUCUUUGGGGAAUCAAGAUCCAGUCAGGGUUUCUCUUGAAUUACUUUCGAACAAUGCCAGGAUCUGAACUGAUUAAGCUGCAGUUACACACCCUUCAGUAUUAGUAUAUAUGGUAUUACAUAACAGGUCAACAAGUGCUCUUUGAUGAUAAAACUCUUAAUAGAGCAAUAAUUGUAAAUGGUUACCAUACUGUAAGAUAUUUUGAUAAAAAUUAACUAGUAAUAAUUGUAUUUAUUUGAAACACUGGGCUGUUUGCACAGCUCCAACUGUGCAUGCUCAAAAUGUGCACUUUUUAAAAUUGUUACUUUUAAUGCGUAUCUUUAUAUGGGGUAUGUUAUAGUGUACUAGGGCAUGAUAUGGUAUCCUUUUGAGUGAGGUAUACGCUCAUCUCACAAGUGAAGUGCCUAUUGAUAUUACUAAAGUACAUUAUUAUGUUUACUCAAGUAAAAUAAUUUUCUCCCCAUGGUACACUAUAGUGUAUAUACACUCAAAUGAACAACUUAAGAACAAGGUUAAGAACCAAUAAAAUAUUCCUCUGAUUGGCAGUUAUAAAACUAUAUCCAAAUUUUCAAAAAAGAGCUUCAGUCUGCAAAUUCAAUCCUCUAAACCUAACCUGGUGCACCCCCCUCACUCCCGAUUUUAUAAGGGCUAUUUUAGAUGCUUUUAACCUGGACAGUUACCUUCUCCUCCCACCAUACACACGCACACACAAUUUGCCAAGUGUCCAAAUGAGAACAUACCAUGUUGGCAUGUUAGGUAGAUAGGGCGAAUAUGAUGGUAUCUUACAUUGGGCCUUGAUUUUAAGUUGUUACAUUUGUACAAUCAAGAAUAUAUUAGGAAUUACAUAAAACAUGAAAUGUUUUUGCAGUUUUUUUUAAACUGGGUACCAAUUUCUAAAACAAAGAAUUUAUUUGAAACAGUAUAGAAUUUUCUUGGUGCAAGGUAUAUCAUGUUGAAUAUCCUCACAUUUUUUACCAUGUGUUAGGGAGUUUAUUAAAAAAUUAAUUGUAAAUGAUUUAUUUAAUUGGUGCAGUUUUAAUCCCCAAAUCAUAAUCUUAAGAUCAGGAAUGUGUAGAGAACAGAGCCAUGUCAUAAUAUCACUUUGCUCUUACCAUUCCUUUUGAUCAGCCUCAAAUCAGCCUCAUUGUGUAGUAUAUUUUCUUUAUGUAGAAAACAACAAAAGCAGUUUGUUUUAUUUACCUGUGUUCUCCUAUGUUUAAUAAUGACCAAAGUGCAUUCUGAGUUUUUUCAAGGAAUGUAUUACUGGAGCUUUAAGAACAUACUUAUUUUCUCAUGUGAAAACUUAGGCUUUGUUUGAUAUGUUUCUUCUUCCUCUAUUGUCUAAUGUUGAGGUUGUUUUUAGGAAUUAUAUUUUAUAAACUUUUUCAGAAUAAGGUACAUACCUAUACAGAACUUAACAUUUUGCACAGAAUAUAUCAAAUAUAUUUUGAGAAAAAAAGUACAGCAUGAGUUCUGUUAGGAAUAAAAGAUGAAAUUAUUGUAUCUCAAAAAAAACUUAUUUCAGAAUGGAAAUAUUUUUGAGAAAGGUAGCUGAGUAUACUGAUUUAGGAAAAUGUUUGUUUUGGAUUGAAGUUCAUUUUAACUAAGAGUUGGGAGCUGAUUUAUUGAGUACAGUAUACCUCUCAACAACUUAUAAAUAAUAUGAAUUAUGUCACUAAGGUGGGCAGCAGUAGAAUACCAAAAGGACAUAGUUGUCAUCUUAAGCAAUUUCAAAAUAUUAAUGAAAUUGUUUUCAAAGCAGAAAAAUUGACAUUUGCUGCCUUUAAGAAUACCAUGAAUGUAAGAAAUUGAAAGAUAUUGUAACAUAUCACAUAAUAUAGAAAAGGCAGUUCAAAGAUAGAAUUGUGGCAGAUGUUGUGUGUUAACUGUUGUUUCUUUGCCACAUGUGUUGUAAUUGAACGUUUGAACAGCAAGUUUAAAAUAAAAUAUUCUAUGCUGACAGUGUUAAA